AAAAACGAACAAGAAUACACAUCGUGUCUGGAUAUGUUAGAAUCGUGACGUUCGUUUCUCUCUCUAAAAACACACUCUCUCACCAAAAAACCCCCAAAACCAAACCCUUAGCUCACAAUUUCACUACAACGCGAGAUCUAAUCUAAUCCCUGUUAGAAGUAUCCAUGGAGGAACCAGAAAGGGGUUUGUUAUCUUGUGGAACUUCGGAAACCACCGUGGCCCAUGAUGAAAUAGUUGGUGGUGAAACCCUAGAUGGGUCUUUGGAAUGUAAUGGGAAGGAUGUAAUUGUCGAGGGUAUGGGUUCAGAUGUGUAUAUAGAUGGUGUUUACGUUUGUUCGAGUGGUGAUGAGGUUCAUGAUAAAGUCGGUUGCGGUGACGAGGUUAAGGGUGGUGAGGAUUUGAGUGAGGAUGUGAAGUCUGUUGGGACUGAGACUCAGGUUGAAGACUCUAAAGCUGUAGAAUAUGAAGAGGCUAGGAGUGAGAAUGUUGUAGUUGAGUUGGAUAGUGUGGUUUCAGAAGGGGAAGUGAGAGAUCAAACAGUAGUUGGUAGUGACUCUUGCGCAGUUGUUGAAACAACACCAGACAGCAUUGAUGUUGUCACUUUGGAGGAUGCUGCUAGGGCACCGGAUCCCAAGGUGGCAAAUACUAGCUGUGAAAAUCAGAAAGAUAGGAAUGUGAUUGAUCGUGGAACACCGGGAGAUUGUAAUGAUGUAACCUUAGAAACAUUGGAUCAACAUAAAAACAUGGCUAAUAAUUUGCAGAGUGAUAAUAAAAUUUUGGAUAAAGGAGAGGGUGUUCGUGACAGUGAUGAAAUUAAGGAAAAUUUAAGUUCAAAUGGAGAACAGCCAAAUGGGAAUAGUAAAGUUGAAGACAACUCUGAUAAUGUACAGGAAGUGGUUUGUGGAACUGAAGUUGCGGUAGAUAAGGCCCUUUUGAAUUCUGGUGAAAAAAAAAGCUCUAGUGUUGAAAAUUGCAAUGAAAAGGAGCAAAUUAUAUCCGACAAGGAUGAUGAAUGUGUUUCUGCUUUGGAUGUUUCUGAUGCUGAACAAUCUGAUGUACAUAAGGUGAUGCAAAUUGAUGUUGAAAAUCAACAAGGAACAGAAACAGUCAACCACACUGCACAGGUUAAAGGUACGUCGGUAUCUAUUGGGAGUGAGAAAAAUUUGGAUGCUAAUGCAAUUGUAGAAAAAGACACUCAAAUUACUGACAAAAGGAGCCUUGUGCUGCCGUUGAUGAGUGAUGGAAAGGAAAAACUCAAGGAUGAGUCAAAUACAAAGCAAAACGUUGAAGAACGAGAAUGCAUUUCUGAACAGGUUGGAUCAAAUGGUGGUCAUGAAAUUGAAGAAGAGUUUAAUGAAUCUGGACAGAGAAAACCAAAAGAUGGAAAAGUUGUAAAACAUGCACUCACGAAGCCUGGUAGUUCAGAAAUAUGUCAUCAGGCACGAUAUUUGCUGCCAACAGUAAAAGAAGAAGGCGAGUUUUCUCUGUCUGAUAUGGUUUGGGGAAAAGUGAGAAGCCACCCAUGGUGGCCUGGACAGAUAUUUGAUCCUUCGGAUGCAUCUGAAAGGGCAAAGAAGCAUUAUAAAAAAGAUUGCUUUUUGGUAGCAUAUUUUGGGGAUAGAACAUUUGCAUGGAAUGAAGCAUCUCAGCUAAAGCAUUUUAGGGCACAUUUCUCCUCAAUUGAAAAGCAGAGGAGCAGUUCAGAAUCAUUCCAGAAUGCUAUAGAUUGUGCUUUGGAUGAAGUUUCGAGACGAGUAGAAUAUGGGCUAGCAUGUUCUUGUAUACCUGAAGAAACAUAUAACACAAUUAAAGGCCAGAGUGUGGAGAACACUGGGAUUCGACAGGAAAUAAGUUUCAAACACGGGGAUGACAAAUCUCUAAACGCUAGCUCGUUUUCACCCACAAAUCUUAUAGAUUAUGUGAAAACACUAUCCGAGUUGCCUACUGGUGGCUUUGAUCGAUUGGAGCUUGAGAUUGCUAAGGCUCAGCUGCUUGCGUUUAACCGGUUUAAGGGUUUCUCUUGCUUGCCAGAAAUACAACAUUGUGGAGGCUUUGACAAGGACAAUUCAUUUGUUGAUGAUGAGCAAGAUGUGAGUGAAAUUAUCGAGGAUGCAACUCCUGUAGUUAAUAAAGAUAAUCAAGGUGGUCUUGGAAACUUAAAAAAUAAAAAAGGCGCCCGUCAAAAGCGUAAACAUAAUUUCAAGGAUACUAUGCAUCCAACCAAGAAGGAAAGAAGAUCGACGGACCUACAGAGUGGAACUCCAGAUUCUCCUGGCAGGGAUUGUUUGUCUGAUGAGAUGGUAACUGAUAAUCUGGUUUCAUCUGAAGAUUCCAAGAAAAGGAGGGCUUUUGAUCCCUAUGACGAUGAUCCUGGAAUGCAAGACGGGAGAAAAACAACUUCCGUUGCAAAAGUUUCGAAUAUCACAAAGUCGUCGUUUAAAAUUGGUGACUGUAUCCGUAGGGCUGCUAGUCAACUCACCGGGUCACCUUCUUUAGUGAAGUGUUCUAAUGACCGAACUCAGAAGACAGAUGGAGACAUCGAUGAUUUUUCUGGGAAUGGAUUGGAUGUUUCCCCCCCAACUUCUGAGGAUGCUGAGAACACAACAGAAUAUUCAUCUCUAAAUGAUUUGCUAUCUUCACUUCAGUGGGUGGCACAAGAACCCUUUGGACAAUAUACUUUUCUGAAUGCCACUGUCAGCUUCUUCUCUGAUUUCAGGAAUUCUAUAGUUGUGGCUGCUGAUUUCAGGAAAGAUGUUUUAUGUACGGAUAAAGUAGGUACUAAGAGGAAGAAACCACCCGUAGCUGGAACACCUGAAACAUUUGAAUUUGAAGAUAUGAGCGACACAUAUUGGACUGAUAGGGUCAUUGACAAUGGCAACGAGGAGAAACCAGUGCAACAACCAACGCCAACACCACCACCACAGAAAAAGCGGAAAAAAGACGAAAAACCUGUCACUGCUGAGUCGGCGAAGCCAGCUCAAGUUACUCGUAGGCCCUAUUCCAGGAAAAAGCAAUCCGAAAGCAACCAUGCCGAGGCUCCUGGAAAACCUCCUGGUUAUAUAGAUGAGAAUGCCCCAGCUGAGCUUGUUAUGAACUUUGCUGAGUUGAAUUCUGUUCCCUCGGAAACAAACCUUAACAAAAUGUUUAGGCGUUUUGGACCGCUAAAGGAAUCUGAAACAGAAGUUGAUAGAGUUAGCAGCCGGGCACGAGUGGUUUUUAAGAAGUGUAUGGAUGCAGAGGUAGCUUGCAGUAGUGCUAAAAAGUUCAACAUAUUUGGAUCAGUACUUGUAAAUUACCAGCUUAAUUAUACUCCAAGCGCAUUGUUCAAAGCUCCAUCUGUCGACGCCACAACACAAGACCAGGAAAUGCUUCUCGACCUGUCCAAUUUUGAUGUUAAUAUGGUCUAAAUUGUUUGGUGCUUCUGAUCUUUAAUCCAAUGAUAUGGCUGCAUAAAUAUGAGUGAAGAAUUGUUUACCAAGUGGCUGCUGAAGAAGGUAUACAGAAUGUUAAUUCGUUCAGACAUUAAUUUUUCUGUUAAAGAGAUAUCUUAGGUUGUAGGAUUCCUUCGUUAUAGCUCCAUAUUUUGUAAUCCAUUUUCUUCUAAUUUUCUGUAUAGUCUUGUCAAUUGACCUUCCUCAUUUGUAGUUGCGCGGUAACUUGUUCUAGAUUUGUUUUCAUUUGAGUAGUCUGAAUACUGGUCUUGUACCAAUAUCAAUGCUACAUAUAAUAGUCCUCAGUUGAUAUACUAGUCAUCAUCCCUUUGGAGGGAUAAAAGUUGGUGUUAGUCAAAAUCAAUUAUGUGCCUCAGUAGUUUUAGCACUAGUGUGUUAAUUGUUACCAUGCAUGUGUUCCAUAUAUGAUGUUUUGGCAUUUAUGUA